AUGAAAAUAAAUGCCGAAGAUGUAUCUUCUCAAAACCAAAUCAAGUCUUCAGCGCAAAGAGCAAUAAAAUCAGCAAUUUUAUCACAAUUCCCGCGCCUAGAACCCGUGAUAAACGACAUUUUUUCCAAAAAACCACCUCUUAUCAUUGCUAAAUGCCCAGACCACAUUUCACUGGUAGUAAAGGAUGGUUUGACACUAUUCUUUCAACAAAGAGAUGGCCCAUGGGUGCCUUCUUUGCGUCUAAUCCACAAGUAUCCUACAAUGCUGCCCAAAAUGCAGGUAGAUUCCGGGGCACUCAAAUUUGUGCUACGCGGAUCAAAUAUCAUGUGCCCAGGAUUAACUUCCCCUGGGGGUAGAAUGGAGGAGGUUGAGGCAGGGGUAAUUGUACAAAUUAUCAUUGAAAAUCGAGAAAAUGCAUGCGCAGUAGGCAAGACCAUAAUGUCGACACGGGAAAUUAUUGAAAAGAACAAGGAUGUAUGUAUUGAGAAUUUGCAUUAUCUGAACGAUGGGCUUUGGAAUUUAUCACUGUGA